AUGACGAGGGCGCGGCGUCCAGGACUAGGCUGCGCCGGCGCGGAGCUCGAGGCCACACCUUGCUCCCCCGUUGUCUCGAAGGGGAAUGAAACGCGGCACGUCGCGGAGCGAGUGGUGAAGCACUUGGCACCUUCUUUCUGCCGCGCACGUCCGGCCCCGCGCUCCGCCGCCAUGGCGUAUUAUGGCAAGGUUUACGGGCCUGGCAUCUACGUACACCCCGACUACAACGACGUGCGCCGGAAGGGGGAAAAGGGAGAGUACUACACAGCUACUGCAGCCGUGCCGUCGGGAUUCGGCAAACAAGUCCUCGGGCCCAAAGCGACGUCGCCCGCCGCUUCGUUCCAGCACUCCUGCGCCAAAGAUGACUACUGGAAGCGCGUGGUGCCCCGUGGCGCGGCGAACGCCUACAAGGGGCGAGAAACGGAGGCUGGCUACACGACGGAGAUCAACCUGAAGCGACGUGGCCUGGCGAAGUCGUUCGGCAUCAGCAAGUCCCCGAGGAUGGGCCUUCCGCACAGAACUGGCGCCGGCGAGCUCGGACCGGGCUGGUACGAGCAGGUCGGCACCGUGGGCAGCCGGUCCAUGGAUGCCAGGCUUGCCUCCGCACCGCGCGUGAACUUCGCGGGCGGCGCGGACCGUGGGUUCGAUUCCCAGCAGUUUUAUGGGAGGAAAUACGAAGAGGGGAAGAAGGGCAACGGGCCGGACGCAGACUACGAGGUGCCCAGCGCGUUCGGGCGCCCCAUGCCGCACGCGCACCGCCCCGCUCGCACCUCUUUCGGGAACUCUAUGUCUCCGCGCUUCCCAGGGGGCGAACUGACGCACGCUCGCGGCGUCGGGCCGUCCACGCUGUGGCGGUCGCAGGCGUCGGUGUCGCCCGGGCGCAGCCGCCCGAGGUCGGCGCUGGCGACGUCCCACGCCAGGUCGGCGGGGGACGGUGAGGUCGUCGCUGUGCCGCCAGCGACAACGCCGGCGAAGGGCAAAAAGCUGCGGUUCGCCACGCCCGAGGGGGUGGACCCUUUCGCGGACGAAGGAGCGUCGCCGCGCACGGGGCUCGUCGCUGGUGCUGGAGCGGAGCCGUCUGCGGAGGGGCAGGGGGGGAGUGAAGCUGAGACCCCGGGGAGUCGUCCGUCGCUGGCGAAGGUGGACCCCGGCGUCACGAGCUCGCCGCUGUUCCGCUUCGGGACGGUGGCGAACCGGACGAUGCGCCGGCCAGGCGGGGGCAGCAUGGCCUCCCCCAUGAGCUGGGGGUCUUGA